AUGACGACAACAAACUCCCUACACGAGCUCAAGCAGCUCAUACGAGCCUGCCCCGUCAUCGACAAUCACGCGCACAACCUUCUCCGCCCCCACGGCCAAAAGACUAGCGACCUCCUCACAAUCACCACUGAAGCGUCCGGCGAGGCUCUUGAAGAUACUCCAACCUCGUUAGCACACCUUCGAGCUGUACGACAGUUGCGGAAGCUGUACGACCUUCCCGCCGAUGCAGAUUGGGCGGCAAUCUUGAAGAAGCGAGCUGAGCUGCUUGACGGUGACGCGGAUGCCCUGUACAAGAAGUGCUUCGAGGGCACACAAACUAUCCUGGUCGACGACGGCCUCGCAACAGCAGAUGCAGUCGAGCCAUACUCCUUCCACGACAAAUACACCCUCUCGCCCUGCAAGCGCAUCGUGCGGAUCGAAACCGUAGCAGCAGACAUCCUCUCCGCGCUCUAUCAGCAGAACAAGCUGCCAGCCGGCGUUGCCUUAGCAGACGAAGAAGCAUGCAGUCUGGCCUGGUUGGCGUUCAUCACGGCUUUCGAGGAAGCCGUAGCCGCUCUCCUUGGAGACUCAGAGGUUGUCGGCUUCAAAAGCGUCAUCUGCUACAGAACUGGACUGGACAUUCGCCCGCGACGAGACGUGGAGAUCACAGAAGAUGGCCUGCGGAGUUUCAGAAGACAUUACCUGCCGGAAUGUGUGAGUCGCAAUUUCCGGGUUGAGGCGAAGGGCAUGAACGACGCUCUCGUGAUCAGCACCUGCAAGCUCAUCGCAGCUGGAUAUCGACAGCAAGGCGUUGCGAAGCCGCUGCAGUUCCAUACUGGGCUGGGUGACAACGACAUCAAUUUACUGGACGCCAACCCGGCAUGUCUCCAGCCACUGAUCGCUCACUUCCCGACAGUGCCUGUGGUGCUUCUACAUUCCAGCUACCCGUACACCCGCGAGGCUGGAUAUCUGGCCACAGUAUAUAAGAACUGCUACCUCGACAUUGGCGAGGUCUUUCCGAUGGUGUCUCGAGACGGGCAAGAGAAGAUCGUUCGACAAGCGCUCGAGCUUACGCCAUGGAGCAAGUUGCUGUUGAGUACCGAUGGCCACUUCUUCCCGGAUACUUACUGGCUGGCGAACGUGCAGGGACGAGAGGCUAUCGAGAGGGUGAUGUGCGAGUAUGUGGAGAAGGAGGAUUUGGAGGUGAAAGAUGCGAUGAAGGCGGUGAAGGAUGUGUUCUUUGAGAAUUCGAAUAAGCUUUAUGACUUACGGCUGAAGAUGGAGGAUGGAGGCAAGGAGCUACCUAACAGACCUAAGGAGGAUCAAGCGAGUGCAGAAGAAGCUUCCGGAAGUAGCCAUGGUAUGGCCCUCCAACCUACAUCCCGCUACGCAAAGGCCUACCGGGAAGUCUUCCUACCUUUCACAAGAACGAACCCGCUCAUUCAUUACGUCUUUGUGCAAUGGCUGGAUUACAUGGCCACAUUGCGCACGCGGUGCUUGCCUAUCUCCGAGUUCUCGAAAAUGCUGAAGGUUGACAGCACCAUCCGCAUGACCUACGGUAACCUGGGCACUCUUCAGAAUGACCACAUGUCGUCUGUUUGCAAUCCGGUCGGCUCGAUAUCCGUGGAGCCAGAUAUUACACUGGCAAGCUUGAGGCGCAUGCAGUCCAUCGGGCCCGUCAAGAAUUCUGCAACAGUCAUGGCAAGGUUCACCGACGAUGCUGGGUUGUCGUUGGGACCCUGCCCAAGAGCACAGCUCGGAGAACUUGUCAGCGAAUUCCAGAGAGAUCGCGGUGUUGCUUUCUUGGUCGGCUUCGAGAUUGAAGUGACAUUCUGCAAGCGUCUAUGGCCUUCCGAGCUGGAUCAAGCGGCCUUCGCACCUCUGGACACAGCACACGCCUGGGGCACCUUUACCGACGAGCAGUACAUGACAUCCUUCGAAUUGAUGCUCAACGUUACUAGGGAACUCCGCAACACCGGAAUCGAGGUCCAGCAAAUGCACUCAGAGGCUGGCGAUGGGCAGUACGAAUUCGUGCUCCCUCCGCUUCCACCUGUCGAAGCCGUCGACACUCUCAUCCAAGCGCGUCAAUGCAUCCAGCAGGUCGCAGCAAGCAGAGGGCUGAGAGCUACCUGUCAUCCACAGCCUUUCCCAGGUAUCGGUACAGCUGCUCAUGCACACAUCAGCUUCAACCGCAGCACGGAAGCCACUGAUAGGGAGGAUGUUGAUUUGGAUAGGACGCAAAUGUCCUUUAUGGCCUCCGUACUCGAACACCUGCCCUCUCUGUGCGCGAUCACGAUGCCACAAGCCGUGAGCUAUGGCAGAGUCUUAGACGACUCGUGGACGGGUGGGACUUGGGUGGCGUGGGGUACGGAGAAUAGGGAGGUCCCGCUUCGCAAGUCAGACAAGCUGAGGUGGGAGGUGCGGUGCUUGGACGGAUGCGCUAAUAUGUAUCUGGCUCUGACGGCCAUCUUUGCCGCUGGACUGGCAGGUGUUAGAAGUGGGAAGGAGGUGGCGAUGAAAGAUUGCCUGAAAAACCCGACACAACUCUCACCUGCGGAGAAGGAAGAUCUCGGUAUCACGAAGAAACUGCCCACCACGAUUGCGGAAGCUGUCGAAGCCGCGGAGAACGACUCCGAGCUCGAGCGAGCGAUGCCUGAUGGCAUGUUGAAGCACUUUCUCGCCAUGAAGAAGGACGAGCAGAAGAUGCUGAAUGAGAUGGACGAUGGCGCGAGGCGGGUUUGGUUGAUGGAGAGAUAUUGA